UCCCCGUGAAAGAUACAUUUUAAUCAGGGGUAGAAUGUUUUCCAUAAGCUAGGAAUAAUUUUGACUCCAUUACAAUUCGGACAUCUAUACCUUAAGGCUGUGUUGAGCAGGCUGGGUAUAUCUAGCCUGCUUUAAUGAUGAGAAUGUGUCGGCACCUCAGGUUGGCUAACUUGGAAUGGGUGGCUAGUCAGCUGAAGUGAGAUUUGUCCUUCACUCAUACACGUGUACAGUAACGCAUUUUAAUUUCAGCCGAACAGCUGACUUCUUCGUUUCAUUUCUAAUUUUAGACCUUAUUAAAGCUCUCUACACUGUAACCUACAAGUGCAUUGACUCCGACCACAUUUGGGCUUGAUUGGGCUGCACAGACAAACCACUUUUUGCUGCAGUGGCUACCUCUUGGAGCAGCCAGUUUCCCUAAGAGGAGUGCUUAUCUAGUGGCUGAUCUUUUAGGGUUGUCAUUAAUACGAUAGUGAGGAUCUAACCUGAUCAUCAUCACUCCUGCUCUUUCUAUUGCAACCACCAGUGGCAACACAGUAUUUUCCUAAACGGGUCCAGAGCGGAACUUCCCCUGGAUGGCCACCAACCCAGAGUGCCUCGCCUGACGCUAAUUUUAGAGAUGUGAAUCAGGCUGCGCUACCUUGCCUAGCCUUUGAGAAGGGUGCCUGCUGCUUGGCCUCUACAACCACCAUCCUAUCACCAUCCACACUCUCUUAAGCCAGGAAUGGGGUCAGGGCUGUAGUUAGACGGGAGGUUGCAGGACGUCCGUGGCUUAAAGAGAACCGCACAGGCGUAAGGUCCUUUCAGACCUCCAAAAGCACGUGUUGGACACUUGAAAAGGCAAAUGGAUUAAUGUUUCAAUGACAAAACCUGGCCAGUUGGUUAAAUGCUACGCUAUGAAUGAAGUAGUGCAGGCAGGACCCUGCCUCUCUGUUACAUCACCAGUAGAGGGCAGUGUUUUACCCAGUGUUCUUAGUAAAAUGCUCUGGCUCUCCUUGCCUUUGCAGACCCGACGUGAGCAGAUAGUUCUACGGAAGUAGUCGAGCCACAACCGGUCAGUUAUAGCCCAAUCUGGCAGGGAUGCACAAAUUCAUGAGAUUUAUGUUGCACUACUGUUUUGUUCAAAUGGCAUAUUGCAAACGUAUAUGCAGUACAUUCAAGGGCUGAGGUUGCAGGGUUUAGGGGCUGUCUAUUUUAGGUUUGGAGUCCAGAUUUGGUGUUUUCUACUCUUGCAGCUGCUUCCCACACUCGUCCAGACCUGCCCCCGCCCUCCCUGUAAGAUUCACUGGAUGUUGGUCCGCAAACGCCGUCAACAGAUGUUCCAAACAAGAACAGUGCUUCUCGUUGCGUUUCCUUUCUAGCCUAUACAUUUUAUUUGUACAAUUCCACCUAACAGUCGCACAGUGCCGCCCUACCUCCUUGUUUGCACCACCAUAAUUUUUACCUGUCCCGUCUUUUAAGAUCCUCUAAUAAUAAAAUGUGAGAAUUUGAGUACAGAAACUGUCUUCGAUACAGGAUUAUAAAUGUGCUUUAUUACCUCUGUGUUGACAGACAGGGCUAUCUUUGUACUGCUAAGGUCACCUUCCUCUAGUCCAACUGCCACCUAGAGAGACCUCAUUCAUGCCGUUGGUGUUCAUUUUGAGAGUGGCAACUUAUCACUGUUCAGAAUAGAUUUUAACACCAGGACUGCAGUGAGAGGUACAUUAAUAAUCAAUGAGUGGAACUCCUUCCUCCAAGCCUAUUUCAUACAGUACUAAAAUAACUCAUUCCGUUGAGAUUAUACUUUGAGGACUUCGGCUGUCUUUUGAAAAGGUUGGAAUACAUAGGAAGCAACACAGAUGUAUACAUUUUAUUCAAAAUAACAUGUUAUGACUGUAAUGCUAGUCCUCAUUCUAACCAUUUAUCCGUCAGUCAGACAUUCAUUUUCCUGACCAAAUAUCUGGACUCAUUCUGUGGGGGUAGAUCCUUUGUUCUUUGUCAUCUUUUUGGGGCCACUAUCAUCUGAGGUCCAACUAUCAGCAACCGAUGAAAGUAGGGUAAACAAGUGGAAAAACACAGCCUAUCUCGACCAGUUUCUCUGCUGUUAAAACCACUUGUUGGAGGAGGGGUGACAUCGUCCACUAUCUUUUGAGAAACUGGGAGCAUGUGAUGAACAACAUAGUUCUUCAGGCAAAUGUGCUGCUUCAUCUCCAGGGAAUUAACACAGUAACUCUCUGCUGUCUGCUCUACGCUGGUCGUAAAGAUGAGAGUGGACGAUGUCACCUGCUUUAGGAUUCUCACUAGUUCCAGGUUCUAUCUGUUGAUCAUCUUCGUUUCACUAUAGAAGACUGGUUCACAUUCUACCAACAAUGGACCUGACCACUCUGUCAGACGAUGAGGCCAAGCACAUCUGGGAGGUCAUACAGAGAGACUUCAACCUAAGGAAGAUAGAAGAGGAGAGACUUGGCGAGCUGAAGAGUAAGAUAGAGAAGGAGGACACUAAGACGGAGUUGCUGGGCACUCAGACCACCCUGGUGGAGUCCCACUGUAUCCGCUGUCUGCAGCCCUUCAAGUUCCUGGUCAACAGUAAGCGCCAGUGCAUAGACUGUAAGCUGUACACCUGCAAGGCAUGCAGCCGCUACAACAAGAAGGAGCACGGUUGGGUGUGUGACCCCUGUCGGAUGACGAGGGUCCUAAAAAUCGGAACGGUAGGAUGGUACCAUGACAACGUCCGCACCCGUUUCAAGCGCUUUGGCAGUGCCAAGGUGAUGAAGUCUCUGUACAAGCGACUCAACGGAGAGGGUGGCCGCCGCGAUAGUGACACACAAAGUAUGCCAGAUUUCCGCAAUGACACUCGGUACAAUGGACAUGACGAGGACUACGCAGAAGCAGAAGCUCAGCGCCACAAAGUGAUGCGAAAGAACAAGCGCCUUCUGUCCGUCCACCCCAUGGACUUGGAUGUUGAUAUAGAAGAAUAUUUUCCAACCAACUCUCAUCCUCACUCCCGUCGACAGUCUUUCCAGACCCAGGAGGAGCGUGGCGGAGGCCACAUAGAAUACAUGGACAUGCAGCAACAACACCGCAUGAACCGUAGACGGAGCCUGGAUAGGUACAACACACGCGCCGAUGACGGACACUAUGGGAUGGUGCAUUCCCGCUCCAUGUCUAAGAUCAGCUCCUCCGUGAACCGUCAGCACUAUGUGGACACGUCAGAAGAGGAGGAGACAGGGCGCUACCCCAUGUACCAGCCCCCCAAUCGCCGGCGUCCGUCCUACGGCCGAGGGGGCUCUCACGAGAACCUGCAAGCCCCCCCGCAGCCACCGAUUAAUGAGCUGAAUAAGCGCAUGUCAGCCAUAGAGAGUCUUCUGAACCGGCUGGAGUCAAAGAUUACUGUGCCUGAUGAUGAGCCAGCCUCCCCGACCGCUGCCCAGAUAGAGGAGGAGAAGCUGAGGAGGAAGCUCAGCGAGCUGGCAGGGAACAUCAGUGUUCCAUCUUCUGACGAGGAAGCAGGAGGUGGCAAGAAGACCCCUGUGUUCAACAGGGCCGCUCCGAGGACCAACCCUCCAGUCCUCCCUCCGGAGCCCCUCAGCUCAUCCAGUGAUGAAGGGCCCACUGAGGCUCAGCGGAGAUCCACUGCUGCGGCCCUCUGUGACAUCACCAAAGAGUUUCUAAGAACCAUUAAUGCCACUGAAAGCGCAAUGAGCGAGUACAGCCCCACAGCACAGUCUAUUGACAGACCCAUGAUAAUUGACAAGGCUGAAGUAAGGCAAGCUGAUGAGGCUUACAGAGAACUUGAGGAAAAUGUGUACAUGACCUCAGGCAAAUCUUUUGACCUGGAAAAGAAGCUGAGGCAUCUGGAGCACAGCGCCAAAAACCGCUUUGCCGGGGCCACGGACUCCGAUCUCUCUGAACUGGAGGACGUGGUUACUCUGACUGCGCAGCGGGUGCAGAGUACAGAGAGCGAGGUGUCUGAUUUAGAGAGCAAGCUUGCUGCUUUAAAUGCCUCAGGGAAGAAAAAGAUAUCAGGUUCUCAGAACAGGAGAAGGUUUAACCAAGACAUCACUACAAAAACCAGCAAUGGCUCAGGAUCCGUACGGAAAUCCAAUCAUGUGAAGAACUGAAAGAUGUGCCACUUUAUAUCUCACUGAUUGAUUUACAUCUUAGUCAUUUGACAGAUGCUCUUUUUAUGUCUGACAUGACUCGUAUAAACACCCACAUUGUUAUAUAAUGUUAAUACAUGGCAUAUCCACUCCUACAAUGUUCAGUAAAUAGCAGGUUAUAUCAUAUCAUGUUCAAUGCUAAAACUAUCUGGGUUCCUCGCCGGAAAAGCCCAUGCAUUCUACAGUAUGAUUUCAGUGGAUUUGUCUAUGUGCUUUUGUCUAUGAUUUCAGUGGGUCUCAUUAAGACCACACCCUACCAUCGUACUGCCAGAGGCCAAAAGUCCCUAUUUUGUGUUAGAAUUGUGUUUGAUUAGGGGACUUCAGUUAAGUUGUACUUACUGUAAGAAAUCAUGACACAGCCAGGUUUCAUUUUCUUUUGGUUUUAACGGGAUUCUUCUAAACAAGCACCACGACCUUUGGUGUAACCAGUUGUGUUAAAGUCAAAUCACAUA